AUGGCUUUGUGCUUUUUCUUUCCAAGAUCGAAUGGGCGUAAAACAACAAUUACAGCUUUCAUUUUCUUGCCCAAACGUACCCAUGGACGAAGCGUCCCAAAUUCGCCCCCAAAUCAGAUGGCCAACUUCAACGUGAAUAUUACAAAACUUCAGCAUGUUCAUGUCAAGUUUUUACAAACUUUUGUAAUUAAUAUGGCUUGUUCGGGAUUCAAGAAAGGAAGAAAGGGAACCAAAGAUGGAGUCCAAAUUUGGUGCCAAGCUUUAAAAUAUGUUGUUGCAGAUGUUGAUAUGUCUGACUACCAGAGAGAACAUGCUUCAGAAAUUGAGCGGUUGAAUGAAGAGGAUUUAGAGCUUCUAGCAACUCCAGAGGUUGUUAAAAUGAGGGAGACAAUUUUGCAUAUGUUGCAAAAUAAGAGAGCUUUUGAGGAUUCAGAUUCAUCCGAGGAGGAUAUCGAAGGAGUAGAAGAAAGCACUGUCGAGCAUAAUGUGUCUGAUGAGGCUCUAAAUGUGACAAAAAUCGUUACCAAUGUGGAUUAUGAUGAUAGUUCUCGAAAAGAAUCUAAAAAUUGGGAUGAAUUUUCAUUCAGUGAUGUGGAGGAUGAUGACUAUGAUCUAUCACGAUCUACACCAUCACAGAUCAAGAAAGUUUUAUCAACAGCUGAUGCUAAGGAAUGGAUUGAAGUGAAUGAAAAUUCUGAAUCUCAAAUCAGAGAUAAAGAGUUGGAAUGUGAAGAAUUAGAUGAUUGGGUCACGAUCAACUAUUCUGAUAUAGACAAUUGAAUAGUAAUUUGAACCUUACAUAC